AAUGUGCACACAAAAAAGGGGAACUAAGAUCUGCUUUACAUUAAAGAUAAAGCAGAAGAAGCACAAUUGUUUUCCAUUCUUUCAAGUUGGACACUUUGUGUUCUUACCACUUGUGUAUGAAAGGAUGAAAAUCUCCAUACGAUACAAACAUCACGACAGUUUGGUUACAAGAAAAAAGGAGUUAAGCCGUUGUAUGACUUUAAUCCUGAUUAUGGCCUGUAUGAGCAUCCUGGGUGCCCUGCUUGCUACUGCAGUGCUGGGAAGACUCCGGACCCACCCAAGUCCUCAAAAUACUGAUGAUCCUAAUGCCCCUAUGGACCAGUGCAGUAUGGCCCUUGUGGAAAGUAUUCCUCAACAUGUGCAAUACAAAGGCAACGCAACAUUCGGGAUCCCUUUGGAGAAGGCUUGGAAGGAGCUUCUCUCCAUAGCAACGCAAAACCUGGAAGUGGUCUCCUUUUACUGGACAUUGACCGGGGACGACAUCAACAUCAACUCUUCCUCCGAUAGACCUGGACGGGAAAUCCUCAAGCAACUUCAAUCUCUUCCGUCCAGGAACGUGUCAGUCCAAGUGGUGACCAGCGUUCCGUCGCUCACCACCAACUCCACUGAUUUAGAUGUCCUGGAAGAAAAAGGAGUUCAGGUACGGAAGGUGAAUUUUGGACGCUUGACAAACGGCGUGCUGCACAGCAAGUUCUGGAUUGUGGACAGGCAGCAUGUGUUUGUAGGUAGCGCCAACAUGGACUGGAGGGCUCUGACGCAGGUGAAAGAAGUGGGCGUGGUCAUCUACAACUGCUCCAGUCUAGCAAGGGACCUCCAUAAGAUCUUCCUGUCUUACUGGGUGAUGGGAGAGUCCAACAGCUCUCUUCCGGUGCACUGGCCUCCCACCUUUGACACUAAUAUCAAUAAGGAGCACCCCCUUGUGGUGAAAGAGGAUAACAUCACCAGUAGAGUCUACAUUGCAAGCUCCCCACCACAAUUCUGCCCUCAAUCAAGGACACAGGACCUGGAUGCCAUCGUCUCCAUCAUCUCAGGAGCUCAACACUUCAUCGACAUAGCCGUUAUGGACUAUACCCCCAGCAUACGCUUUCAACGCCCGAAAAGAUACUGGCCCGUUAUUGACAACGCCAUCAGGACAGCAGCGUUCGACAGGAGGAUUAAGAUCCGAAUGCUCGUCAGCUGCUGGGCCAACUCCUUCCCGGGGAUGCUGCCGUUCCUGCAGUCCCUCGCCUCCUUGGACAGCUUCAAGGAGCACAUCAGCAUUCAAGUUAAGUUGUACGUCCUGCCUGUCAGAAACCAGACAAACAUUCCCUUUAGUCGAGUCAACCACAACAAAUACAUGGUGACCGACAAAGCGGCCUACAUCGGCACCUCCAACUGGGACGGUGACUACUUCCUGACCACAGCUGGAGUGGGUCUGGUGAUUUCCCAGGACGCUCCUCACCCCGUGUGGAAGAGCAAAGCCGUGCAGGCCCAACUCCAGGUGGUGUUCCACAGGGACUGGUACUCUGAUUUUGCAGUGCGGCUCACUGACCUGGGCCGCCACCCAGACUGUGCGCUGUCACCAUGACGGCGUGAUGAAGCUUCUUGAUACUUAACAGUCUAUGAUUUGAAAUCUAUCUUUAUAUCAGAAAUUUAAAUUAAUUAGGUGCAUUAGUUCUCUCACUCUGUUCUUCAUAAGCUAUCCUGUAGGAACUCUCACCUCUUUUUUUUGUAUUGCCACUGACUGUGUCAACACCUGGAAUAAACAAUUACAGAAGGUA